AAGUUGGAGAGCGUUUUCAGUUUCCCUCUCGUGACCAGUUCGAUUUGCGAUAUGUUCUGAGAAAACAGAGUGGGAGAGAGAUGAGAGAGUUAAGAGAUUUACAGCUUCCGCUAAAUCAAACGCAGAAAAUUCGACUACGGAGAGCUCUGCUACAGCUUCAGGAAUUAGCUUGUAAAAUGAACUCCUCUGCUUCUGUCACAGUCGCCGAUACUAUCCCUGUUAAUCACGAAGAUGGCGUACUCAAGGGGCAUGGAACUUCUGAGCUUGACGGCGAAGUGGUUGCAACUCUAUGCGGGAUAGUGGAACGAGUUAACAAGCUGGUCUAUGUCCGUGCCUUGAGGGCCAGGUACAAACCAGAGGUUGGAGAUAUCAUCGUGGGACGUGUUACUGAAGUUGCUCCGAAGCGUUGGAGACUGGAGAUAAAUUUUAGUCAAGAUGCAGUCUUGAUGCUUUCUUCAAUGAACUUGCCUGAUGGUAUCCAAAGGCGGCGAACUGCUGUUGAUGAGCUAAAUAUGCGCAGUAUUUUUGAAGAGAGCGAUGUUAUAUGUGCUGAAGUCCGCGGUUUCCAGCAUGAAGGCAGUUUACACCUUCAAGCAAGAAGCCAGAAGUAUGGAAAGCUUGAGAGAGGACAACUACUAACGGUCCCUCCUUAUUUAGUGAAGAGACGCAAACAACAUUUCCACCACCUUGAAAGGAUUGCAGUUGAUUUGAUUCUUGGGUGUAAUGGAUUCAUCUGGGUUGGUGAGCAUGUAGAAGCUAGGGAUAAUAUGGUGGAAGAUCAAGAAACUAAACCUGAACAACUGAAUAGCAAGUUGAAUAGAAUAUCCAUGAGCCUUGAAGAACAAGAAAGGAUUUGCACUCCGCUAGAGACAAGGCAGAGCAUAUGUAGGAUAGUUAAUGCAGUUCGGGUUUUGUCCAGUUUGGGCUUCAGUCUGAAUGUUGAAGUGAUCAUGGAGACAGUUGAACUGAGCGUCUCCCUGAAUCUGGAUAUCCAUGAGAUGCUUGGAGCAGAGUUCUGUGUUCAAACCGCAGAGAGAGAAGUUGAACGGCGCAGCUCAUUGAGUAAAAAGAAAGGGUGAUUGCUGGUAGGAGAUUGUGGAUUCUUGGUUGGUUGUUAACCAAUGUGUGUACCAAGAUUUAGGUUGUUUUUUCU